GGAAGUGAGGCGCCGAGCGGAACGGCCUCUGGUGACAUUUUCUCCGGGCGGCGCGGACGAGUGAAGGGACUUGGUGGUGGAGGCUGUGGAGGUGGGGAGAUUCGCCUUAGCCCCGGCGGGGCUUUGCGACCCUCUGCUCGCCGCCCGGGCUUGUGCUGAGGAGGAGAAGGCGGCGGUGGCCGUCGCGUCCCGAGUCACCGCGGCCGGGGGAGUCCCGGCCGGGGGGUCGGUGCGUGCCCCGACGGGGCGCGCGGAGCGGGCGAGGAGGUGCAGAGCUGCCGCGGAGCGCAGGUUGCUUUCCUGUUGCAUCUUUGACCUAGUUUCCUAGACUCUGCUCCAUGAUUGAACUUGAAAGUCUGAAAUGAAGAUGGAGGAGGCAGUGGGAAAAGUCGAAGAACUCAUUGAGUCUGAAGUCCCACCGAAACCAUCUGAACAAGAGACAGCUAAGGAGGAAGAUGGAUCUGUAGAACUGGAAUCUCAAGUUCAGAAAGAUGGGGUAGUGGAUUCUACAGUUCUUUCUUCAAUGCCCUGCUUGUUGAUGGAACUGAGAAGGGACUCUUCUGAGUCUCAGUUAGCAUCCACAGAGAGUGACAAGCCAACAACUGGCCGAGUUUAUGAGAGUGACUCCUCUAAUCACUGCAUGCUUUCCCCUUCCUCUAGUGGUCACCUGGCUGAUUCAGAUACCUUGUCUUCUGCAGAAGAGAAUGAGCCCUCCCAGGCAGAAACAGCAGUGGAAGGAGACCCUUCUGGAGUGUCUGGUGCCACUGUUGGGCGCAAAUCUCGGCGGUCCCGAUCUGAAAGUGAAACAUCUACUAUGGCUGCCAAGAAAAACCGGCAAUCCAGUGAUAAACAGAAUGGCCGAGUCGCCAAGGUUAAAGGUCAUCGGAGCCAAAAGCACAAGGAGAGAAUCAGGCUACUGAGACAGAAAAGGGAGGCUGCUGCGCGGAAGAAAUAUAACCUAUUGCAGGACAGUAGUACCAGUGAUAGUGACCUGACUUGUGACUCAAGCACGAGCUCAUCAGAUGAUGAUGAAGAGGUUUCAGGGAGCAGCAAGACAAUCACUGCAGAGAUACCAGAUGGACCUCCAGUUGUAGCUCAUUAUGAUAUGUCUGACACCAGCUCUGACCCAGAAGUGGUAAAUGUGGACAAUUUAUUGGCGGCUGCGGUAGUUCAAGAGCACAGUAAUUCUGUAGGAGGCCAGGACACAGGAGCUACCUGGAGGACCAGCGGGCUUCUAGAGGAGCUGAAUGCGGAGGCAGGUCAUUUGGAUCCAGGAUUCCUAGCAAGUGACAAGACAUCGGCUGGCAAUGUACCACUCAAUGAAGAAAUUAAUAUUGCCUCUUCAGAUAGUGAAGUGGAGAUUGUGGGAGUUCAGGAACAUGCAAGUGGCAGAGUUGAGAAGAAGUUUCAACAGACACCUGAUAGCCCUCAAAGCCUAAGGUGUGUUCAUCCUCGAGGAGGUGUGAUUCAGAGUGUUUCUUCGUGGAAGCAUGGCUCGGGCACGCAGUAUGUCAGCACCCGGCAAACACAGUCAUGGACUGCUGUGACUCCCCAGCAGACUUGGGCUUCACCUGCGGAAGUUGUUGAUCUUACCUUGGAUGAGGAUAGCAGACGUAAAUACCUACUGUAAUACAAUGUCACUGUGUCUCCUCUGCACUGUUCCCUUCCUUUUCCUCCUCCUCUUUGUGACAUGGAAGUUCAUUGUCAUAGCUUCAGCCUCAGAAGCUGUUUGUGGCAUUUGUAUAAUCCAAACUCAUGGAAAAUUGCCCCCCACUUCCUUUUUUUUUUUUUUAAUUAAAAGAAGUCACUUAGGAAAAUAACUUAGCACAGAGAAAAGAAUUUCUUCUUUCCCUCAGUAGGAAUAGGAGAAUGAUGAAUUUUAUUAGACAACUUAGACAACUUCAUUUUACUUGGUGACUUUCAAUCUUAGGAAACUCUGCCUUCCUUUUAGAAUAAUAUUUUAACUACCAGGUGAAAUGGAUUUCAGUUUUUGAAUCUUGUAUUUAUUUUUCUGUGUAAUAAAAUUAAUAUCUAGCCUUGACCACUGUCAGCCCACCCAUUGGCACUCCUACCUUAGGGCAUUUGCACACAUUUAGUCAGUCCUUAUUGGCACCUAGUAGGGCAUGUGCAUUUGAAAACCUGUCCUUAAAAAUAGAAGACAGAAGUAUUACUUUUCUUUUAGCUUGAGUCUUCUGCCUUCUUUCCUGACUUUGCUCCUGGCUGAUUUCCCACAGCACAAAUAAUUGAUAUGCCCCUUUGUGUUUAUAAAUACUGCUAAGGUGACUUAGUUGGUCUCCUUGUUGCAAUAAUUCAUAAUUUUUUGGAAAAUGUCUCCUUUUGGGGCAGAGGCAUUUCAGUUAGAUACCCAUGAGGUUUUCUGGGCAUGUAAGGAGAGCAUUGAGAGAUCAGUAAGAAAAUCUUUGUCCCUCAGCUUUUUUUUCCUGGUUUGUUUACAUAACAGGAGAACACAGAAACCUGUUACUUAAGUAGAAUAUGAAAAGUUGUCUUCGUCUCUAAGACUGUGGGCACUUACAAGUCUGAGAAGGCAGUGCCUUCUUUCAUAGCUGGUCUCUCUGUAAAGGAUGUACAACAACUGUUUUAAGUAACGCUUGAGCUGAAAUAGACCUGAUGCUAUAUUUGGGUAUUUUUCUCCUCUACCAUCUAAAAGUGGAAAAAUCAAAAUGAACCAUAAGAAACCAGAUGCAAAGCACAUAAAUGACACUGUAGGUUUUACAGUAUCUAAAUAAGCAAAGGGUGGUUAGGAGCUUCAGGGAAUUCAGGAAAUGCCAGUGUUGGAGUUUUGUGGCAUUAGUUACUACCUUUUUUCCUAUAACAUGUUGUAGUUACUAGUGAAUUCUUUUACAAGCAAUACCUAGUUAGAACACUAUGUACUGUGCACGGGGAGGAGUGAAGUACUAUUGGCUUAGAAGACCUCAUCUUUUUGUUUUUCCAUGGUUUUUGUUUGCUUUUUGUUGUUGUUGUUUCCAUAUUUACCAUAUAACAUUGCUGUAGCCCUUGCCUCCCUCCCCAAAUGCCUUGGUGGCUCUUCCUUAUCUUAAGAGCACGAGAAGUACCAUGUUCAGUUGUCAUUUAGUGGACAUACUAAAUGUACCAAGCGCCUGUUCUGCACAUGGGACUGUGCAGGGUAGGAGUGGUGUGGCCACCGAGACAAAUGGGACACCCUUGCGUGUGCAUGCGUCAGAGUCUGCCUGGCUCCACCUGCCUGGCCUUUUCUCCAGUUUUUCUAUAAAGACUCAUUUAUCCCUUUACCCUUCUUCCUGCUGCUUUAGUUAUUCCAUAUACCUCUUCCAUGGGAAUGGGUAUGAGCAUGUGUUCUUUGGUCUUCUCUCGUAGCAUCUCAUUUGAUCUGGCCUCUGUUCUUCAUCAACUAAUAUUUUUCUGCCAAUCUAGUUUUAAUCAGGCUUUUAAAAGAUCAUGAACCUCAAGUUUUAGCACCUCAUAUAUCAGAUCUCUCACAUGGCCACAGUUCUAGACAAAAACCAAAGAUCCAGAGGCCAGAGCUAAAUAGGACCUUCUGCAGAUUCACUACUGGUGUAUCCUUGGACCUUCACAUUUUACUUUAGGAUUAAUUUAUUGAAUUUUACUGUUACACAUUGUUUUUGACUUGAAUUAAAAUGCUAGACAAAGCAGAAAUGUACAAUUUCUGGUCUGUGUUUUCCAGGAAAAUCAUUGGGACAAGUAUAGAGUGGAUUAUAUGACUUGAAGUUUUUGCAGCUUAUUUUUUCCCCAGUAUCAGGGCAGAGCCCCAUUUUAAAGAAUGUUUUCACAUUACCUACUCUUAUGUUAAUAGUGUGUUUUGUUUGAUUCUACACAGCAGGUGAUUUCCCAUGACACACUUCCUUUAGCCCCCAAUAGUCAUCUUCUAAAGAGAAUUCUUCUGGUGUGCUACAUGCACAGUGGAUUGGGAGCAGGGCGCUGUGGCCUUGUGUUUUUACACCAGGUUGCACUUUUCCCACACCUGCCCCUGUUUCAGCAUCCUGACUACCCGACCGGUUGCCAGAACAGCGAUUUAGAAGUUAACAUGCAAAAAGGGGAGAGGGAGGGAUAGUAGAAACACUCAGCUUUUUUCCCCCUACAGGGUUGGGAUUUUUCCACCUACUAACUGUAGAGAGACUGUUUGAGCUCUUCUUUCAUUGCCAGAUCCAGAAGAGUGAGGGUGUGGCUUCUGGCAAGGUGUUUUACUGAUAGAAUUCUGUGGGAAACAAGUCCAAUGACAUUUGAAAUUUCUUUUAAAGGAAUUGUUUUUUAACUAAAGUGUUGGCAUUUGGUAGCAUCAGUACUUCUUUAUGCUCCACAGAACAUUAUUCAAAGUAGUGUCUCUGUUCAAGUGGUGCACUUGGGUCACGGGUUGGAUUGUGGCACCAAUUUAGUUAAGCUCCUCCCUCCCCUCCCCUCCAGUGUGAAACCACAGAGCAGUAACUAGCUCUCAGGUCAUCCUGGCUGCCCUAGAGCAUAUACAUCUACUCACCAGUAGUUGUCUUUCCAUUCUGAUGGAAGGGGCCAGACUGAGUGGACUCCAGGAUUUAUUACAGUUGAGCAUUGCAUAAAUUCUGCUUUUAUUAUCAUCAGUUGUGAAUAUGAACCGUCUGAUUUUCUAACUUAGUCCAUCGUUCACUGUUCCUUUUAGCAGAAUAGCACCACCAUAGGUAACUUCAAAAUGAAUUUGUUGCCUGCUUUUUAUACUGUGUCACAAAGUUUUUGAAAGAGCUGGGGACACAAUGUUGUCUUUUAGUUUAAACUUUUUUUUAAAAUGCAACGAGCCCCCUAAUCUCUGUUUUCCAGUAUGUGUAUGAUGUGACUUCCAUGUAUAUAUAAAAAUGAUUGCGCCCUAACCAAACUUCCUCAGAUUGUGCACUGUUUGUUUAAAAUAAUCACGUAUUUUAGUCCAUUGCUGUUGUAUUUUUCAUUUUAUUUAAAACACUACAUACUUCUUAUUCUUUUAACAAAUUUUAAAGGGUAGUGAUCUUAAAAGAGAAAUCACUGGAUAACUAGGAAAUAUUUUUGUUGUUGUUUUGUUUUGUUUUGUUUUUUAAAGAGUAUAAAGGUCAUAUGAAGCCUUUUGCUCCUCUUACCAUGAAAAUGAAAUGUUAGCCAUUGUAUGGCUAGGAACCAAUGCACUUGGUGGUUAACAGAUCUGCUGUUGCUGGAGUGUGAGUGUGGACUUGAUGCAGUGACGACAAAUCAUUGCUUAGAAUUAAUGUUUUAAAAUGUGCAACUCUAGUUUUUAAAACAAAAUUUGGUUCUUCUUUACAUUCAUUAUUUAGUUUUUGUUUCCAUUUAGUAUUUAAUGGUCUUUGGAGAAAAAAUAAUAAUAAAACAGAGUGUUAUAUAUAUAUUUUUUGGUGCAAGAUAAGAUUUUCUGUUUUUUGAAAUAAGUCUGUAGCAUAAAGGUUAAACUAUUUUAAGACAAAAUAAAAUAGAGUGUAUUUAAACAAUCAUAA